GGUUCUGGAGUGGAAGUUGAGAAAAACGGAUACUACUUUGAAUGCAAGAAGCUCGAAGAAGAAACCGCAGCAUGAGAUCAAACAUCGUUUCAGAGGCCGGAUUAUCCACGAGGGUAGGGCAAUGGUGGGAAGGAAUUCCAUUCGUCACUUCUACAGUGGUGAUUGUUUGUGGGGUCAUUUACUUGGUUUGUCUACUAGUUGGAUAUGACUCAUUUGCUGAAGUAUGCUUUUGGCCAUCUGCAGUUAUUUCACAUUUUCAAGUUUACAGGAUCUAUACUUCAAUUCUUUUCCAUGGUUCUAUACUUCAUGUUCUGUUCAAUAUGUUGGCUUUGGUUCCUCUGGGAUCUGAACUAGAGAGGAUCAUGGGGUCGGUCCGCUUGUUUUAUAUGAUCAUUUUAUUGGCAACAAGCAAUGCCAUAUUCCACCUUGUCUUAGCCUUGUUGAUUUCUCAUAAUCCCUUCCGUCCUUUUGACUAUCUUAUGAAUGAGUGCGCCAUAGGCUUCUCAGGGAUUCUCUUCUCUAUGAUUGUGAUAGAGACCAGUUUGAGCGGAGUCCAGUCUAGAAGUGUGUUUGGGCUAUUUAAUGUGCCUGCUAAAUGGUAUGCCUGGAUCUUAUUGGUGGUGUUUCAGCUUCUUAUGACAAAUGUCUCUUUUCUUGGACAUCUCUGUGGCAUUUUGUCUGGAUUUGCAUAUACUUAUGGAUUAUUCAACAUUUUAAUUCCUGGGACGUCCAUUUUUUCAGCAAUUGAAUCAUCCUCAUGGCUUUCAACGUGCGUGAGAAGACCGAAGUUUAUGUUGUGCACUGGUGGGAAUGCUUCAGGCUACAUUCCCACUCACACAAGUCAAAAUCCAACAUCCAGUGGAUUGCUUUCUGGAAAUGUUUGGAGGAACUUUUCUUCAUGGAUGCCACAAAGAGAGACCUCUCAGAUGCAGUCUGCAGAAGAGGAUAGUAGAUUUCCAGGAAGGGGAAGAACGCUUGGCUCACCAUCUGAAAGCAAUCCUAAUUCAAGCUUACAGGCUAGACUUCUGGACAACAGCGACACAGACAAUCCAUUACAGACAGUAGAAAAUGCUAGGGGUGAACUACCAUCAGAUGGAAGGCAGCUAACAGUUGAUGGUGCAUCAGUAGCUGUCACCAGAGCGCAGAGUAAUCAGGGCCCUGUUGCAUCUGAUGAAAAGAUACAGAAACUUGUUGCCAUGGGUUUUGAAAGGACGCAGGUAGAAGUUGCGUUGGCGGCUUCUGAUGGGGAUUUGGAUGUAGCUGUGGAAAUUAUUAUGAGUCAACAGGGAUAAGCAGCAUCUAUUUGUUAUUUUGACGUUGAUGAGCAUUUCAAGCGUUGCAAGAGAGAUAGGGGCAUAUGACGGCAUGUCUAACCUGUUUGCGGAAAGUUCAGGAAAAGUAACGUCACGGACGUUGUAUAUUUGGCGAGCGAAUCUAACACAAAAGUUUGUAUACAUACGUGUGUUCGGGGUUUCAGAAUUCUGAAUUCCGACUCCUACACAUUAUUCACAUUAAAUGGAAUCGGUUGAAGAAUGGUAACAUUCAUCAUCAUCAUCA